CAGUUCCUGAGGAAGUGGUGAGACCAACCAGCGUUGUUUUGAGUCAAAAGAGGUAACGUCUUCAGAGGGUCUUCAGUCGGGAGACAUGUUUGAAAUUUUUCUGUCAGAGUUACAUCACAACUCAGUUUUGACAAAAUGCGGCUGGACAGCAUGGAUGUUUCUCCACGUUAUGGUCUCAGGAACCCGCUCCCUGGUCACAGUUCACCAGCCCCCUGUGAUCACCAGUGCUCUGGGUAGUGAUGUUAUCAUGCCGUGCCAGCUCAACCUUUCCAGCGAUGAGAAGAUGGUGACUUCGCCGGUUCUGUACUGGGAACACUUAACGCGGGUCGCAAACAAUCCCAGACUGUGGAUCCCCUCUGAGGAAUAUGAGGGACGCGUACACCUCCUGGAAGAAAACCCAAACUCUUCAAACAAGUCCCUACUUCUCAAAAGUGUCCAGUGGGAGGAUACGGGGAAGUACCUGUGCAAAGUCACCAUCACCACGGAGAAGGAUAAAAGUUUAAGGAUGAGGGGAAAUGAAACUUUACUCAUGAUUUACGACGCCAUGACCUUUAAUCUCCCCGAGCACAAUGACUCUCUGCUCCGGUGCGAGGUUAACGUGACGCGGGGCCCUGGAUUUGUUUUGUCCAUUCUUCGCGAUGGACGCAAACCGCAAACUGUUGACUCUGCUCCGGGAACCGCCGUCACACUUCUGACCCACGUCACACUAUCCGAGACUGUUCUUCUGAGGGGUGGCGGAGAGUACGAGUGUCAGCUGCACCUGAACGAAGACCUGGUAGUGAAAAGCAUCAUCCACUACCUUUCGACUGUAGCUGGAGAAGGUGGAGGCGCUGGAGAAAUUGUUUUGACUCCAUGGCCAACAGUCGUGUCCGAGUCAGGCGUGGUGGAGUUUCCGGAGCCGUGGCUCCUGUAUGUUUUACACCUCCUGGUGCCCUUCGCCUUCCUGCUGGGCCUGGUAACUUCCCUGCUGUGCAGACGCUGAGAAAAGAAAGGGAGACGUGUCGCCCCCAGAAUGAAGCAAACCACAAAAAGACAUCUCAGGAAGAUCCGUUUUAGGAGGACAUAAUUACAAAUAAGUGCUGAUUUAAAGUGUGUAAUGAACACACACACACACACACACACACACACACACACACACACACACAGACACACACACACAAACACACUGUUGCCCUACAUAUGCAUAUGAAACAAAUGUAUGAAUGGACAGUGGCCUUAUUUUUAUUUAUUCAUUCUGACUGCUCUUUGGUUGAACAUGUACAGUCUCGUGUCACUGUUGGUCUUUGUGUUUUACUUGUUUUGAAUCCCAGAAAGGCCUUUUCUUAAAAAAUCCAUCAGAAAAUUUUAAUAAAUCCCUGUCCGCUGCAGUUCCUCCUUCA